AUCUCUGACAAUGAAGCCUUUUACUGCAUAUCCUUCUGGGUUUAUCGUAUUCCUAUUUGCCUUGCUGCAGCGGAGCCAUGGACAAUGCAAAGAAGCAGCUAAAAAAUCAGAGAUGAAUUUGAGUGUCAAAUAUGAUCUUCCCAACUUUAUCGCAGAAACACCGAUUCAGAAUGUAGUUUUAUACAAGCAUCAUGUUUAUAUUGGAGCAGUCAACAAGAUUUAUGUACUAAAUGAAACUCUCCAGAACAUUUCUGUGUACAAGACUGGGCCCAUUUUGGAGAACCCUGACUGCACACCAUGCGAAGACUGCAAAGAUAAAGCCAAUUUAUCUAACAGCAUGUGGAAGGAUAAUGUCAACAUGGCACUGCUCUUAGAAACUUAUUAUGAUGAUCAGCUCAUCAGCUGUGGUAGUGUGUCUGGAGGCGUCUGCUACCGUCACAUCAUUCACCCUGACAACCCUGCUGACAUUGGAAGUGAGGUGCACUGCAUGUAUUCACCCCGGGUGGACGGAGAAGCCGAUAAUUGUCCUGACUGUGUUGUAAGCACUUUAGGAACCAAAGUUUUGGUGACCGAAAAGGACAGGUUUGUCAACUUCUUUGUUGGAAAUACUGUGACAUCUACAUUUCAGCCUCCUCAUGUGCUGCAUUCAAUAUCGGUCAGAAGGUUAAAAGAAACACAGGAUGGUUUUGAAUUUCUCACAGAUCAGUCUUAUAUAGAUAUCCUCCCUCAGUUCCGUGACUCAUAUCCCAUUAGGUAUGUCCAUGCCUUUGAAAAUGAUCACUUUGUCUAUUUUCUGACUGUCCAGAGAGAAUCUCUCGACUCCCAGGCUUUUCACACUAGAAUUAUCCGCUUCUGCACUUUAGACUCAGAGAUGCGUUCUUACAUGGAAAUGCCUCUUGAGUGUAUUUUUACUGAAAAGCGGAGGAAGAGGUCCAUCCGAAAGGAGGUAUUCAACAUUUUGCAAGCUGCCUAUGUAAGCAAGCCAGGGGCAGCUCUAGCCCACGAAAUGGGCCUUGGGUUGAACGAUGAUAUUCUCUACGGCGUUUUUGCACAAAGCAAACCAGACUCUUCUGAACCAACCAACAGAUCUGCUGUCUGUGCCGUCUCCGUGCGAACCAUCAACGAGUUCUUCAACAAGAUUGUCGACAAGCAGAACAUGAAAUGUCUCCAGCACUUUUAUGGGAAAGAGAGCAAAUACUGCUUGAACAGGGCUUUUUCAAGAAACGCUUCAUACUGCAGAGCACAAGAUGAUGAAUAUCGCUUAGAAGUUACAACUCCUUUGCAGAGGGUUGACUUGUUCAUGGGCCAGUUCAACAGCGUCCUGUUAACAUCAAUAUCUGUCUUCACCAAAGGGAACCUUACUGUUGCUAAUCUGGGAACUUCGGAGGGCCGCUUCAUGCAGAUAGUGGUUUCCCGCUCAGAACCCACAGCUCCACAUGUCAGCUUUCAGCUAGACUCCCACCCCGUCUCUCCCCAAGUUGUUGUCGAGAAUUCAUUAGCAGAUGAUGGCUAUACCCUGGUAGUGACUGGGAAAAAGAUAUCGAAGAUCCCGCUGAAGGGGCCGGGCUGCCACCACUUCAGGUCCUGCAGCCAGUGCCUGCUGGCACCUGCCUUCAUGCAGUGUGGCUGGUGCAGCCAGCAGUGCCUCCGGUCUCCCGAGUGCCCUGGCGGCACCUGGACCCAGGAGACCUGCUUGCCUAGGGUUUAUGAGAUUCUCCCAAGCAGUGCUCCCUUAGAAGGCGGGACAAAACUGACGCUGUGUGGAUGGGACUUUGGAUUCAGCAAAAAUAAUAGAUUUGAAUUUAAAAAUACAGUAGUCCAUAUUGGAGGACAAAUUUGUGCUCUGGAAGCAAAAUCAAGCAACAAAAACAAGCUGGAAUGCACGGUUCCUGCUGCAAAAAAUCCAAGUUUUAAUAUAUCCAGUAGUGUUUCUGUUGGACAUGGCAAAACACUGUUCAAUACAUUUUCAUACGUGAAUCCUGUAAUAACAAGUAUCUCUCCCACUUAUGGCCCCAAAUCUGGAGGAACAUUGCUAACUGUAGCGGGAAAAUACCUAAACAGUGGAAAAUCCAGAAGGAUUUUUAUUGGUGAGAAACCAUGCACCUUGAAAAGCAUAUCGGUGAGCACUGCGGAGUGCUACACUCCAGCACAACGAAUUCCCCAGGAGUAUCGUGUGAGGGUGGGAAUCGACGAAGCUAUUCGAGACGCAAGCGGUCAUUUCACGUACAGAGAAGACCCCGUUGUUUUAAAAAUUCAUCCGGCCAAAUCUUUUCUUAGUGGUGGAAGUACAAUCACAGCUCAGGGAAUCAACUUGAACUCAGUGUGCUUUCCUCAGAUGGUGAUCACUGUACCUAAACUGGGAAUGAACUUCUCUGUGGUGAGUCAGUCUUGCAGAAGACAAUCUGUUAUCUUGUCAUCUUUGUGUG